CAUUCCCUUUCUCUCUCCUUAUUCAUCAGGAUAAGAACUCCCUCUUCAUUCAAAACCUUUCUUACACUGCCUCUUCUUAAAAUCAUAACCUACUCAUUUCCAAUCAUUCAUUACCCUUUUCCCCCCUCUUCUUUUAGAACCUUGUGAAUCCCCACCAACGGCUCCUAUGAUGAACACGCCACCUUCCUUGCCGGACCUCUCCUUGCAGAUCAGCCUUCCAAUGUCAACGAACCCCAACCCACCAAGCUCAACCACCACGCAUUCUGGUUGCAGUGCUGAUUUGAGCCAUAAAAAUAAUCUGUUCCGCUUAGGGUUUGAAGUGGGAGAUGUGGGUCUUCUACAGCGUCAUCAUCAAGCAUGUAAUGUCCGUUCCCGCCGCGACUUCAAAAGAAGUGUCGGUGAUGUUGCGUACGGAGUAAAAAGAAGCCCCCGCGCUCCCAGAAUGAGAUGGACUACAACUCUACACGCUCAUUUUAUACACGCCGUCGAGCUUCUUGGUGGCCAUGAAAGAGCUACACCAAAAUCUGUAUUGGAGCUUAUGAAUGUCAAGGAUCUAACCCUAGCUCAUGUCAAAAGCCAUUUGCAGAUGUACAGAACAGUGAAGAACACUGUCAAGGGAACAGAUGAUUCUGGAAGGCCUGAGCUUGAACCAGAUGCUGCUGUUUUAUCUUCUUCUUCUUCGUCUUCAUCGUCGGCGUCUGCUCAAAACUCGAACUUUGGAUGGCGUCGUCUCCAGAGAAUCCAAAGAAGUAGUUUGGUAACGUCAAUGCACAAGAGAUGUGACAGGACCAAGUCAAACGGCGACGUUUUCGCUAAUUCCAGAGGAAUUAAGGUGGAAGGAAGCAACGGAGAUUAUGAGAAGCCAAUUGCCAUGCAGCGGAUUAAUUUAGAGUUCACUCUUGGAACCCCAAGUUGGCAAUUGGAUUAUGGCGAUGCAAAUGAGCUUGCUCUUCUCAAUUGCUAAUUUUCUAAUUUUCCAACCAAAUAAAUAAAUAAAUAAAAUAAAA